AACGAUAUUAAUAGACUUUAAUCUUUGUUGUCUAAACUCUAAUGUCUUUGUUCUUAUCAGUUAAACUUCAAACUUCAAAAUAAACUUUGAUAAGACGAAGAUAAAUAACAAUCACACACAAUGAUAAUUUUACUUCAGUUUGAUAGUCAGAAGCUAAACUACGGUUGCAUUUAUAGUUGUAAAUGUCGCAAGAAAAAAACCAGAAGUUAUUAAAUUCGUAUAAUUAACAGUGUUAAUUCUACAACCAAAUUGUUCAAUGAUGGCUGGUGUCUUGUUAUUGCAGUCUUCCCCGCCUAAAUUGGAGGAUAUUCAAAAAAGAAUAUUUCAUAAAAAUGCUCUCGAAUUCCUGGCAAAUUUGCACAGAGAAUUCGAUUUUAAAAUCGAUGAACUUUAUAAAAAUAGGCUAAAAACUGCUGUCGUUUUAAAAUCAGCUUCGUCUUUAAACUUCAAAAAAUCUUCUGAAAGAAAAGACUUUUCGUGGAAGGUAGCCCCGUUGCCUGCUAGGCUAAAUAAUCGCCAUUUAGAUUUAGGCGAUGUAUCAGCAUCAAAUGCAGCACAUUUCAUUGCUGCAUUAGACUCGGAUGUUCAAGGCGUUCAGGUUGACUUUGACGAUGGACAUUGUCCAACGUGGAAAAACCAAUUACUUGCAUAUAACAAUAUCAAUCUCGCUGUAAAUGGUAAACUUCCUGGAGCACCCAUUAGUAUUGCUACCUGUCCUGUUUUAAUGCUCCGACCUAGAGCAUGGAAUAUGAUAGAUCAUGAUAUUUUGAUUGAUGGUAAAGAGGCCGUAGGUGCUCUAGUUGAUUUUGGCAUUCUCAUGUAUCACAAUGCCAAGAAACUGUAUGAAGCGAACAGUGGUCCAUACUUCUAUUUAUCCAAAUUAGAAGGUGCAUCGGAAGCUCGACUUUGGAAUGAAAUAUUUGUAUGGACUCAAUCACAGCUCGGUAUACCUCAAGGGACCAUAAAAGCAUGUGUCUUAAUAGAAAACAUUAUUUCAACAUUCGAAAUGGAUGAAAUAUUAUAUGCAUUGAAAGAUCACUGCAUCGGUUUGAAUUGUGGUAUAUGGGACUACUGUGCUUCGAUUGUUGCUAAAUUUGGCGAUCGCAAAGAAUUUUUAUUGCCUGACAGAAAUAAAUAUGUGAAUAUGGAUCAAAAGUUCCUCAACAGUUAUAUGAAACUGGUCGUUAAUACUUGUCACUCAAGAGGUGCCUUGGCAACUGGAGGAAUGGCGGCCGCAAUGCUUAAACCUGGCACAGAUGGGACUGACGAUGCGUCGAGGAUGAUAGUGAACAAAGUGCUCGAAGCCAAGCUGAAGGAAAUCGAAGCAGGUGUUGAUGGCUUCAUGGUGUACGACUCGCGUAUCGUGCCACAUAUAAAUGAGCUGUGGAAGAAAAGCGGCGCAACUCCAAAUCAAAUUCAUCGCAUUUUAGACCUUAACGUAACGCCAGAGGAACUAUUAUUGAUUCCAAGCGGUGGUGUCACUAUGCAAGGCUUGAAGCACAACGUAGCCGUCACGAUCCUUUUCAUAUAUCACUGGUUGGCGGGAAUCGGUCAUUUCUUCUAUAGUGGUAAUGUUGAAGAUUCAGCGACUGCGGAAAUAUCUAGAACACAGAUCUGGCAGUGGAUUCGAUUUUCGCCCUAUUUAGAAGAGGAUUCGAAGAAACAAGUAACAUUGAAACUGGUAGAAAAGGUCACGUCCAACUUUGCUGCGCACGCGCACAAGAACCUCUGUCGGUCGAACGCCGAACGGAAACGUCUGACAGCAGCUAUGUACAUGAGCUUGGAAUUAUUCCUAUGCAGAAAUCCGCCAGAAUUUAUAACAAGCUACCUAAACGACAAUCACAAAUUCAGGACAUUACAUAAUAAAUCCCUUUUGAGUAACCUUUAAUAACUUUUAAAAUGUUUUUUUUUUUAAAUAAAGUCUGUAAAUAUUU